AUGUCCGGUCAGGAGCCGCCAUGUGGGGCUCCUCGGGCGGCAGCAGUGCACGCCGCUCCACCACCUCCAGAAGCCAUGUCCCCGACUCCGACCAGAAGCAGCGUCAUUUUGAUUUCAGACGAUGAAGAGCAAGUCCAGGAGUCUCCCACAGUCAGAGAGAAUGGAGACAAAAGGCCGCCCACACCUGACGCUGCAAGUGACCCGACGGCGAAAGAAGCGACGGAAAAACACGCCGAGACUAUGAAGGGAGUGUGUUUGAAAACGCCGUAUUGUCUGUACAUGGAUAUGGGACAGGAGCUCGCCAAAACCUCGUGCGCGGUUCUCAUCGGAUACUUUGACUGUUCCUCUGGUGUCAGCGUAGUCCGAAGGCUGAAUAUGCUGCACAUCAACCAAUCUGGCAACCAAACCAAACCCACGAUCACCACACACACCGCCAACGCAGCCGCCGAGCUCCUGGUUGACCUCCUCAAGGCCGCAGAGCUCCCGUUGGAAAAUCUGAGCGUUUUCUACUGCAACAUCCCUGACCCGGAGGUGAACUGGAAGAUCGCGGCGAAGCUGAAAGAGUCCAACCCGCACCUGGUUUAUCUGGGCGGGCUGGCAGGCUUAGUGGGCGGGGCUUGCCAGACGGGGUUCCUGGAGUAUUACGGUCACGUGGUGGAGCUGGUGAACGACGUGCACUUUUUUGCUCUGCCCGAGUGGAUGGAACGCUCGCAGUACAACCACAUGCAACCGAUCGCGACGCAGUACGGCGAGAUGAUCACGGUCAUCCAGGCAAUGGCGUCCAACUGGCUCAGAAUGGAGGAGCAUUUCAAAGACGUGGAGCAGAGCGCGGGGCAGAGCCGGCUGCAGAGGAUUCACAGCCGGCUCCGAGAGCAGAAGGUGCGGCUGGAUUUUGUCUUCCUGUCGACUGCGCUGGGGACCUUCCGGAGUUUCCAGGAUCUGCAGGUAAACAUGGCGCGCGACAUGGUCAUGGAGAUGCAGAUGAUGGCGCUGCUCAUCAACGUCUGCGCCAAGAGCAUUCUCACCGCCGAGGCUGCGGAGCAGUUUGUGGAGAGGCGGGACCUGGACAUGCUGCGGAGGGAGAGGCACCUGCUCCCGGCCGCAGAGAUCAACGUAGGGCUGAGGGCCAGGAGGUACUUGGCGUCGCUGUCGCAGGUGGAACUCGGAGACGGAGGGAGUGAGUUCCUGUUGAGGGCGCAGCGCUUCUACCAGACCAUCCUCACCGUUCUGAUGGAGAGUCUGCCGGGGCAGCUCAGCCCGGUGUCCAUGAGGAACAUCGGGAUUCUCCUGAUGCAUCCGACCGCUCUAAAGCGUCAGGACCUGCCUCUGGAGCAGGUGGUAGAUCUGGGGUCAGAGUUGGGGGUGUGUAGGCUCUCAGCCUCCAUCUCUCAGCUCUCCUCAGAAUACAGGGACUACGUUGGCAGAGAGUUCCACCGGAGCUUUGAGGCGCCCUCUGUCGGCCUCCGGUGGCUGAAGGUGUUGGACAGUCUGGGAGGCCACCCCAUUUUGUUUAAGCUCAUCCUGACACUCUUGGCUUUUCCACGCUCCCUACAACUAAAGCACAUCUUUCAGCUCUCUGGCAGAAGUGGAGCGCCCCAAACCCCAGUGCACAGGAAAGGAGUGAAGAGGAGAUAUCGUCCACACAGACCGGAGCCGCACCUCGACUCCUCCUCCUCCUCUGAUGAAGAAGACCACCGCAGACCACCCUCAAAUCCCCCCAGACCCCCAUCACACACCCCCAGACCCCCACCCUUCACCCCUUCAUCCCCCUCCGCACAGACCCUGGACUCAGAGGACAUCGAAAACACAGAUAACUCCUCCGAUGUGGUGGAAGUGACGGACGACUGCAAACUCACAGCAAAAGCAAACGGAGUUAUUAAUCACGCCACAGAAGCAGAUGCGUUUCCGAGCGAGUCUGUGUACGUCGUGGAGAGCGACGGGGUCCAACGUAAACGGCCACAAGUCAAACCCACCAAGUCUGAACAAUCACGUGAAAGAAUACGUCCGCCCUCUGACGUCAUCACGCUGCUGUUUCCGCUGCCUUUCUCUGUUCGUGAGCAGUGCCGUCAGACCCGGAGAAGACACGAUAAAAAGCAGAACCAGAGCUAUCCAUCACAACCCAGGUGCCUGACCAUGGCUGUGAACGUGUACUCCACCUCCGUGACCAGUGACAACCUGAGCCGCCAUGAGAUGCUGGAGUGGAUCAACCAGUCUCUGCAGAUGAAGUUCAGCAAGAUCGAGCAGCUCUGUUCAGGAGCCGCGUACUGUCAGUUCAUGGACAUGAUGUUUGAAAACUGUCUCCCGCUGAAGAAGGUGAAGUUUGGAGCCAAACUGGAACACGAGUUUAUCCAGAACUUCAAAAUGCUGCAGGUCGCAUUCAAGAAGAUCGGAGUCGAUAAGAACAUCCCGGUGGACAAACUGGUGAAGGGGAAGUUCCAGGACAACUUUGAGUUUGUGCAGUGGUUCAAGAAGUUCUUCGACGCCAACUACGGCGGCCACGAAUACGACCCGGUGGCAGCGCGGCAAGGACAGGAGCCAGUGUCCACCACCACGCCUGCCCUGGGGCAGACUAAACCCGUCAAGAAGGCCCUGAGCCAAGGUCCUGCCAGACCGCCAGUUGCCAAAGUCGCUCCCAAAAUGGCGUCUCCGAGCUCGAGGAAAACUGUGGGCGGAGACGAAAACCGGGAAGUGCUGCUAAACAAGGCGCUCUCACGUUCUUUUUCUGUUUCUGUGAUUGUGGUGGCCGUGGUUGUUGUGGUUGUUGUGGUUGUUGUGGUGGCUGUGGUUGUUGUGGUUGUUGUGGUUGUUGUGGUGGCUGUGGUUGUUGUGGUGGCUGUGGUGGCCGUGGUUGUUGUGGUUGCUGUGGUUGUUGUGGUGGCCGUGGUUGCCGCUGUGGUUGUUGUGGUGGCUGUGGUUGUUGUGGUGGCCGUGGUUGCCGCUGUGGUUGUUGUGGUUGUUGUGGUGGCCGUGGUUGUUGUGGUGGCUGUGGUUGUUGUGGUGGCCGUGGUUGUUGUGUUGGCCGUGGUUGUUGUGGUGGCCGUGGUUGUUGUGGUGGCCGUGGUUGUUGUGGUGGUUGUGGUGGUUGCUGUGGUUGUUGUGGUGGCUGUGGUUGUUGUGGUGGUUGUUGUGGUUGUUGUGGUGGUUGUUGUGGUUGUUGUGGUGGUUGUUGUGGUGGCCGUGGUUGUUGUGGUGGCUGUGGUUGUUGUGGUUGUUGUGGUGGCUGUGGUUGUUGUGGUGGUUGUUGUGGUGGCCGUGGUUGUUGUGGUUGUUGUGGUGGCCGUGGUUGUUGUGGUGGCUGUGGUUGUUGUGGUGGCCGUGGUUGUUGUGGUUGUUGUGGUUGUUGUGGUGGUUGUGGUGGUUGUUGUGGUUGUUGUGGUGGUUGUUGUGGUUGUUGUGGUGGCUGUGGUUGUUGUGGUGGCUGUGGUUGUUGUGGUUGUUGUGGUGGCUGUGGUUGUUGUGGUGGCCGUGGUUGUUGUGGUUGUUGUGGUUGUUGUGGUUGUUGUGGUUGUUGUGGUUGUUGUGGUUGUUGUGGUUGUGGUGGUUGUUGUGGUUGCCGUGGUUGUUGUGGUGGCCGUGGUUGUUGUGGUGGCCGUGGUUGUUGUGGUGGCUGUGGUUGUUGUGGUGGUUGUUGUGGUGGUUGUUGUGGUUGUUGUGGUUGUUGUGGUUGUUGUGGUGGCCGUGGUUGCCCCUGUGGUUGUUGUGGUGGCUGUGGUUGUUGUGGUGGCCGUGGUUGCCGCUGUGGUUGUUGUGGUGGCUGUGGUUGUUGUGGUGGCCGUGGUUGCCGCUGUGGUUGUUGUGGUUGUUGUGGUGGCUGUGGUUGUUGUGGUGGCCGUGGUUGUUGUGGUGGCUGUGGUGGUUGUUGUGGUGGCUGUGGUUGUUGUGGUGGCUGUGGUUGUUGUGGUUGUUGUGGUGGCCGUGGUUGUUGUGGUGGCCGUGGUUGUUGUGGUGGCUGUGGUUGUUGUGGUGGUUGUUGUGGUGGUUGUUGUGGUGGCUGUGGUUGUUGUGGUGGCUGUGGUUGUUGUGGUGGCCGUGGUUGUUGUGGUGGCCGUGGUUGAUGUGGUGGCCGUGGUUGCCGCUGUGGUUGUUGUGGUUGUUGUGGUGGCUGUGGUUGUUGUGGUGGCUGUGGUUGUUGUGGUGGCCGUGGUUGUUGUGGUUGUUGUGGUGGCCGUGGUUGUUGUGGUGGCUGUGGUUGUGGUGGUUGUUGUGGUGGUUGUUGUGGUUGUUGUGGUGGCUGUGGUUGUUGUGGUGGUUGUUGUGGUGGCUGUGGUUGUUGUGGUUGUUGAGGUGGCCCUGGUUGUUGUGGUGGCUGUGGUUGUUGUGGUGGCCGUGGUUGCCGCUGUGGUUGCCGCUGUGGUUGUUGUGGUGGCUGUGGUUGUUGUGGUGGCCGUGGUUGCCGCUGUGGUUGUUGUGGUGGCUGUGGUUGUUGUGGUGGCCGUGGUUGCCGCUGUGGUUGUUGUGGUGGCUGUGGUUGCCGCUGUGGUUGUUGUGGUGGCUGUGGUUGUUGUGGUUGUUGUGGUGGCUGUGGUUGUUGUGGUUGUUGUGGUGGCUGUGGUUGUUGUGGUGGCUGUGGUUGUUGUGGUUGUUGUGGUGGCUGUGGUUGUUGUGGUGGCCGUGGUUGUUGUGGUGGCCGUGGUUGCCGCUGUGGUUGUGGUGGUUGUUGUGGUUGUUGUGGUGGCUGUGGUUGUUGUGGUGGCUGUGGUUGUUGUGGUGGCUGUGGUUGUUGUGGUGGCUGUGGUGGCCGUGGUUGUUGUGGUGGUUGUUGUGGUUGUUGUGGUUGUUGUGGUGGCUGUGGUUGUUGUGGUUGCUGUGGUUGUUGUGGUUGUUGUGGUGGCUGUGGUUGUUGUGGUGGCUGUGGUUGUUGUGGUGGCUGUGGUUGUUGUGGUGGCUGUGGUUGUUGUGGUGGCUGUGGUUGUUGUGGUGGCUGUGGUUGUUGUGGUUGCUGUGGUUGUUGUGGUUGUUGUGGUGGCUGUGGUUGUUGUGGUGGCUGUGGUUGUUGUGGUGGCUGUGGUUGUUGUGGUGGCUGUGGUUGUUGUGGUGGCUGUGGUUGUUGUGGUGGCUGUGGUUGUUGUGGUGGCUGUGGUUGUUGUGGUGGCUGUGGUUGUUGUGGUGGCUGUGGUUGUUGUGGUGGCUGUGGUUGUUGUGGUGGCUGUGGUUGUUGUGGUGGCUGUGGUUGUUGUGGUGGCCGUGGUUGUUGUGCUUGUGGUGGUCGUGAUCCAGGAGCUGGAGACGACCAUCGCGGACAUGGAGAAGGAGCGAGACUUUUACUUUAACAAACUGCGGGACAUCGAGGUGCUGUGUCAGGAGCAGGGGGAGGACGACCCUACACUGAGGAAGAUCAUGGACAUCCUCUACGCCACAGACGAGGGCUUUGUCGUACCAGGAGACGAAGCAGAAGAACAGGAGGAAUUUUAA